UUUGGUAGCCGUUGGGUCCUAUGCCAGUGUGUAUAUAUACUGUUUUUAGACACAACUGUUUCUGACGAUCUGUGUUUGACUCACAGCUUUAGAUGAUGACCCCAGUAUUCAGAGAGUAGAGAUGUCUUGUGGUCAUGCGGUGACCCCAAAAUCCCUGACCGGCUGGUGUCGCAGUCUGCUGGACCAGGGUCAGUAUAAAUUUUAUUGCCCAGCUUUCAAAGACGGGACAGAGAAAUGUAAUGUGGAGUGGCCGUUUUCGGAGGUCAAGAGGCUGCUCAGCGAUUCAGAGCAGGCUCACUUCGAGGAGAAGGUGUCUCUUCUGGCAGCAGCUGAGCACUGCGACUUAAGAUCAUGUCCGAGCUGUGGGUCCUACGUGGAGCGAGAAGACCUGAGUAACCUCUGCGUGAGAUGCACCAUCUGUACAUCUGUGAAAAACAAGACCUACCAGUUCUGCUGGCAGUGUCUGAGAGAAUGGAGAGGAGCAGCUGGUCAUGCUCUCCGCUGCGGUCAUGAAGACUGCGUCAACCCAGACGUCGACAAGCUAGCAAAGUGUACAGAUAUGAGGCUGUCUUACGUGGAGAACGUGGAGUGUCCGGCCAUCCGGGCCUGUCCGACCUGCGGUCUUCUUCUGGAGCACAACGGCUUCGCUUGUAAGAACCUCAUGUGUAAGCGCUGCAAGCUGGAGUUCUGCUUUCUUUGCCUGAAGCCGAAGAGUGUUUGCAAUCCCAUCCACGGACCGUAUACCGUCUGCUCCGUGGCGCUGCGGCAGACCGAGAUUCCGGUUUGGAAGAGAUAAUGUGAAAGACAGGACUUGUUUUGCAAACACUGUAAUUUCUUGUAAUUUACUAGUAACUGUAAAUGUGUGGAGCUCAAAAGCAGUCAUAAGUAGCACGGUCGACGGUUUCAAGACCCAUUUCUCAGAACGUUUAACACAUUUCAGAUGUUUGCACACUCGUUCUGAUUUGCUCAGCGUUUUCCUCAAAACUCUACACCGUCAUUUUGCACAGAUUUAACCAUGUUCUCAUGCAGAAAACGCGGUAUAAGUAAAUCAAGCGUCGACAAAUGAACUGAAACAGCGCUUAUUUAUUUCUGUGUGAACGGAGAAGAUAGUGCUAAUAAUACUGUGAUGCAGUUUAGCAGAGGAAGCUGAAUGAAGUGAAUGAAUGUAUUGAUUUAUUUACAGUACACUACUGUAAGAUCUCUGUAUCCGAAACCCCUCUAUUUUACUGUAACAGUCAUCGACUAGCAAAAAGGAUUCCUGUUUCCCUAAAGGUUUCAGUGACAGUGUUUUGACUGAAUCAGUGUAAGUGUCUGUGGGGGGUUUGCGGCCAAACUUUGAUUUUGACUGAAGAUAAUAUGCUUUUGGUUUUUACCUGGAAGUUAGAGGUUUGUGUAAGUUGUCGUAUAGUUUUGUGAUUGUGUUUGCAGUUUUGAGAAAUUGCCAAAUUGUUUGAUGCGUUGUGUGUUAGCAGUCGAGACAAACUCUAAGUAUGUUCCAUGAAGAUAUUUAGUAAAUUUCCUACCUUAAAUAUAUCAAAACUUUUUUGAUUAGUAAUGUUCAUCGCUAAGAACUUCAUUUGGACAACUUGAAGAGGGAUUUUCUCAGGAUUAAUUUUUUUUGAUCCCUCAGAUUCCACAUUUUCUAAUAGUUGUAUCUCAGAGAAAUAUUAUCCGAUCAUAACAAACCAGACAUCAGUGCAGAGAUGAUUUUUUCAGGUUUAGACAAAAUGACGCUUAUGACUGGUUUCAUAUUCCAGGGUCGAAUAUAUCUAGCUCCUUUUGUUACUAUAAAAAUGUUUCAGUUAUAAUGUUAAUACUUGUGAAAAAAUAUGUUUUUAUUUU